CGUAGACCUACGGUGAUGAGUAUGAACUACACUUACAAGUGUCGCUCGUUCGUUCGCUUGUUGAUCUUGCCAGAUAUCUAUCAGCAUGGCUCUACUUCGUCGGUUACCGUGUUGUUUGUAGUGUUGCAUACUCCAACUAACUAUCCUGUACUUCGUAGGAUUUUGUUCUGACCCAACCCCUGGAGGUUUAUCCAUUGGAAAAUAAUAAUAAUUACAACACUGCACAUAGCACUCUGAGUGACCAAACCUUGAAAGUCCGCGACCGUCGGGACAGCGAGAUACGCCAGCUGACCUGUUCGGCUCUGCCAUAACGUUGCUGAAGCAGUGUCCGAAGAACAUAGUUCUGUUCUGUCCGGUGAGGCCGUGGUCGGUGACGGAUCCGUAUUCAAGAAAAAAUGUCGUGUUUCGGAGGUUCCCGCUCGUCCAAGCCGACAAUUUCCGUUCCGACAGAUUUCCAUCAUCGAGUCCACACGGAGUACAUUCCGGAGAGUCGUCAGUACAAAGGCUUGCCUCCACAGUGGAAAACCCUGAUCAACCAGGGGCCCAGGCCAAAACCUAUCGUUGAAGGUUUAGCUCUGUCAGAUGAAGAAACACGGAGAAUUCUAGCUGCUUUGCCUCCCAUUCAUCCAGAAACUGAAAUCGAAGACAAUGGAGCAGCGGCUCCAGAAGCAGUUCGAAUCGCAGGGGACGUUCGCAGGGAAUUUCCUGCUGCGACCCACGCGGAAAAUUCCUCUGCAGGCCAGUCUGUCGAUGCCAGGGAAAGUGUAGAGCGGGUCGGUGCGCAACCAUCGUCCGUUAGUAACGGUGUUGCUGGUCCAGCCUCAACAGGAACUGACCCAACGGUGGCCAGUCAUCAGGGAGCACAAGCAAACACAACAGUUGCAAAUGAUGUGUCUGCCACUGCAGCUGCUGCCAGUCAGGCUGCAGCAGCAGCAGCAGCGAAGGCUGCUUCCAGUGCAUCAGGCGAGGUAGCCAGAAAGCCUGGCUCACCAGCACAGAAACACAUGAACAUCAAUGGGACAGCCGUCAGCCAUGAAGAAUUCCGAUUGCAGCUAGAGAGACACGUGAGUGCGGAGAGCAAUCGCCAUCAAUAUGAAAACUUUGUACGUGUCGGCGAAGGCUCGACUGGAGUUGUAGUGACCGCCAAGGAUCUUGUCCGAAAACGUACGGUCGCCAUCAAGAAAAUGGAUCUCAAGAAGCAGCAGCGUAGGGAGCUACUAUUUAACGAGGUUGUGAUUAUGCGCGACUAUCACCAUGCCAACGUGGUGGAAAUGUUCGAUUCGUUCCUGGUGCGCGAUGAACUGUGGGUGGUGAUGGAGUACAUGAAUGGUGGUGCACUCACGGACAUCGUCACUCAUCUAAGGAUGGAUGAGGAUCAGAUCGCUGCAGUGUGCAAGAGUUGCCUGCAAGCACUGAGCUACUUACACGAGCAAGGUAUUAUUCAUCGGGACAUCAAGAGUGAUAGUAUUCUACUCUCGCAGCAGGGACACGUGAAGCUAUCUGACUUUGGGUUCUGUGCUCGUGUGGAUGAUGCUCGGCCGAAGAGAUGGUCACUGGUUGGCACACCUUACUGGAUGGCACCACAGGUCAUUGCGCGACAAGCAUACUCCACUGAAGUUGAUAUCUGGUCUCUAGGCGUCAUGGUGAUAGAAAUGGUGGAUGGAGAACCGCCGUACUUCAAUGAACCGCCAUUGCAGGCCAUGAGGAAAGUGCGAGACAUGCAGCCACCAGCCUUCAAGGACAGCUCUAGUGUUUCCAGACCAUUGCUCAGCUUCCUGCAACAAAUGCUGGUGCACAACGCUGCGCAGAGAGCCACUGCUAACUCACUCCUCCACCAUCCCAUCCUGCAGCAUGUUGCGCCGCCGGAAUCCCUAGCAACACUGCUCAAAAGCAAUACGCAGUCCUCCUAUGGCUUCAACUAGCAGAGUAGGGAAAGGAGUGAGCGGUCCGGUGCAGUGUUUGCUGCAGCAACCGGCUGAUUUGACAGUAUGUGACUCUGUAUGACGGCACAUGUGUUCAGUGGUGUCUUCUACGUGGGCUGCUACUGUAACUAGGUAGUAGUUAUGCAUGUGACAACGAUCGCAGCUGAUUGUUUUUAAAUGUGUCUCAUGUACUCAUACUUGUACAUGCCAUCUGAACUGUGAUGUGUUGUGUACACAAUUCCUGCAAUGAUCUGGUCUUGGAAGCUAGCCUGAACUCUACUUGAGAAACCACAAGCAAUGUAUGACCCCAACAUUAUAAUAAUUAUUAUUAUUUUUGCAAUUUCUAUGGAGUUCACAGUUUGAAUUUGCCUCGAAACAGUAAAGGCACGUUCUCACUCCAGCCAACCAUCUGGCUAGGGUGAAUGGCUUUCGAGUUCUAAACAUUAACUGUAACGCCUUAGUGCACCCCUGC